AUGGCUACUACAUACAAGAUCUUUUUCACCAACUACUCCGGCUUCGCCAACAACUUUGCCUUCUUCAGCGCCACUCCCAUCGUUACCAACAACGGUGGCAGCCCUGUCUACAGCAACAUCAUCGCAAGCCAGUAUGUCCCGGCUGACAAUGGCGAUACGACCUUUGAAAUCGACGUGACUCAGACCUACUAUGCUUGGACAAGCAUCUCCCCUAUUGAUACCGGGAAAUUGCCCGGCACGAAUGUUGUCACAAAGAUUAGCAACUCGAAGCUCGCCACGUUAGGAACGUCUGGCUCGCCAGGAAGCACCUUCAAGCUGGUGAACAGUGGCGGCAAUCCUACCUUUGACGGUGCUGCGGCCACGUUCCAAGCUCCUGACGGAACAUUCCAGAUUGCCUCUGACCCCAAUGCUUUCCAACCGGACCAGAAUUUCAUUUGCGGCCUGGGCUCUGUCGAUGGCAAUGGCCAAAGAAUCCCCGUUGCGACGCGUAGAGCAGCAUAUGAUAUGAGGAGAAACACAGCAAGGCUAACAAUCGGUGGUGCCUUGAUACAGUUCGCCGCGCAACCCAACACGGUCGCAACCAUCGCGCCGGUGGUCAAGUUCUACAUUGCUCAGUACGGGUCUCAGCAGGGCACUGUCAUCAACGUGUCCAUCUUGUCCAACAAGGCCGCCGAAAUCGACUUCACCGGCAAAGGCGUCCACGCGGCUUUUGUCAAACAACUCUCCGGAGGCGGCUGGGAGGUCAAGUACGGCACUGCCAAGGCAAUGCACGAGGCGUCCCAGGCCUUUACGGCUAAGCAGAAGAGGUCGUUGUUGAAUGCUCGACAGCAAGACAUUGCUAAACUCAUGGGACUUCUACAGGCGAACCUUGAUCCCGUUGACGAUCGCUACUUGUGCUCAUUCAAGUGGGCUAACGGAACGACAACUGACGAGAAGACUCCCGCAGUCGCCGAUUUGGUAGCCGCAAUGACUGGGCACGGAUACGAUGUCAUCACCCAGCCAUCGGGCCCCAACUAUGAUCCCGCCAACUUUGGCAUCUCGGCGACUGGAUCCGCGAGUACAGUUGCCAAUAACUGGACGCAGGCUGUCAAUGCACUGGGUGCUAUCGCUUCUGACCCCAAGACCAUCGAUGCCAACCUUGUCAGCAAGUAA